AUGUCCUCGAACACCCAUGAUGUGAUCCUCUUCUACCGGUACGUCUCUAUCGACGACGCCGACGAUGUCGUCGAGCGCGUUCGUGAGUUUUUCGACAAAGAUGCGAAAGACAAAGACACUUUGGGCAGAGUUUUAGUUUCUAAUGAGGGCGUGAACGGUACGGUGUGCGCGCCGAUCGGUGGGAUCGACGCUUUCAUCGAUGUUUUAUCCGAGUGCGUCCCGGGAUGUCGGGAGAUGCCGCUGAAACGGAGCGUUUCGAGUUUUCAGGUGUUUCACGACGCGCGGGUGGAAAAAGUGCGCGAGUUGGUGGGCUGGGGUAUAUUUGACGACGUGAAGUACGCGAAGAGCGAAAAAGUGGUGCACCUGAAACCGAAAGAGUUCCACGAGGCGUUGAAGACUCGAGGGGCGAGCGCGACGGUGUUGGAUUUGAGGAACGAGAACGAGAGCUUGGUGGGCAAGUUUCGACACGCGACGACGCCAAACGCGAGAAACAUGCAAGAGCUUGGACGGUUUUUAGACGACGAGGCGGGGAAGUGCGCGAACAAGGAGGUGUUCAUGUAUUGCACGGGUGGGAUUCGGUGCGAGAAGGCAGCGCUGUAUUUAGAGAAGAAACAACCGGAGGUGUCGACUGUGUACCAGCUCGAGGGCGGGAUACACGAGUACCUGGAGGAAUUCGGCGACGACGAAGAGUGCUUAUUCUUGGGUAAGAACUUCACAUUCGAUAGACGGGGCGUAUCCGCAAGUGGGAAGGACGAUGACGAGGCGUGGCGGUGUCAGAGAUGUCGCCAGACCGAACCUACUCUUCGAUCGUGCGCGGUGUGUUGCGUGUGCAGGUAUCCCUUGGUUUUGUGCGAGCAAUGUCAGACAUCCAGUUCGAAUCGCGGCGAGUGGACGUGUUCACAUCACGCGACGCUGGACGGCGUUUACUCGUUCUACGCCAUCCCUGACCUCGACGACGACGACCUGGCUCGUCGCGUGGCGAUGAUGAAGGAUAUGGAAAGCAAACUCUUCGCUGAGGCUCCGAAAAAGACAACGAAUCGAAGAAGGACGCUAAGAAAGUGCUACGCCAAGAUGGAGGCCGAGCUCGAACGACGCCGUGCGGGUGGUGUCGUGAAGGUGCAAACUGUGGCUUACUGUCGCAAUUCCGGGCGUGCGCUGAGUGAUUGCGGUCGCGACUGCACCGGUUUCUGGGGGCCCGGUCACCUCAUCGAGAAAACCGUCGGGUAG